AUGUCGCUCGACAUGUGGUGGGUGGCGUUAAGAUCUUGUAUAACAGAGCCCUCUCUUCGAUGUUGCGCCUUCUUUCGAGGGAUCUUACCAUUGCGACGUGGGCUCGGUAAUUCGGAAUAUUUCCACAAAUCUGCUGGACCUGUGAAAAAGGUCAUGCUCACCUACAACCAAAAUGGUACUAGCCGCGGCAUUGCUUCCAUUACCUUCAUUGAGGUUGUUCUUGAUGCAUCUCGCGCUCCCACUGUUCCUGCCGUGAAGCCCCUAACGGAACGUGUCGCCCCCAACCCAAACCCGUAUCAGCCACGAAGGCCAGUGCGGGCUCAAGGCGCAGCCGCAACCGUCGCGGACGGAAUGUGGGACGCCCGAAACCCAAGUCUAUCGCAGAGCUUGAUGCGGAGAUGGAAGACUACUUUCCCUCGUCGAAUACCGUUCCAGCCGCAACGAACGGAGCCGCACAGCCAGCUGCGGCUGGGGGGGAGGACCUCGGAAUGGAUGAGAUAUCUUAAACCGAUAUACACUGGAUAA